AUGUCUGACGGUGAAAAGUUAGGAUCUGUGAGGUUAUCUCAGUAUAAACCUCGCAACACAGGGUCUUCUCAAGAAGAGCGUCGUAAAUUCCUUUUAGAACACCAAAAACGUUUGCGCGAAGAAUCUUUCAAUGAAGGAAGAAACAUUGUGGAAGAAAUCAACACCUUAUGGCAUAAAGCACCCAGACAAAGAAAUAAGCUUUAUAAGAAGAAGUUCAUGCUUUCUGAAUGGCUCAUGGAAAUUCCUAGUGAUUUCAAGGAAAAUUGGAUUAUGGUUCCCUGUCCAAUAGGAAAGAGAGUCCUUGUUUUAGCAGGAAAAGGAAUGACCCUAGUAUUUGCAAAAGAUGGCAGAGUUUUAAGCCGCUUCAGGUCUAAUUUGCCAGGUGGUCAUAUGGAAAGUGGAGAGCCAUCCAAAGGCGUAACUCUCUUAGAUUGUAUUUGGAGCAAAUGCAAUCGUUCAUACUACAUUCUAGAUGUUUUGGCAUGGAACAAUCAGCAUUUAACAAACUGUGAAGCAGAGUUCCGUUUCUUUUGGUUACGAACUAAACUAACAGAGGGACCUGAUAUGGUAGAAAUAUCUCAAUGUAACACCUACCCUUUUUUCUCACUUCCUACAUUUCAGUGUGAUACAGAAACUUUAGAAAUUUGUUUAAAGACUCCUCUCAUUCCUGAUGUUACUGUUGAUGGACUUUUGUUUUAUCAUUCAAAAGCACAUUACACCAAUGGGCACACACCAUUAGUGGGAUGGCUCAAGCCGUUCAUGAUACCUGAUCUGAUGCAGAUUAGCAUAUGUGCUGAACUUUUGGUAGAGCAGCCACAGAAUUAUGCAGGGUAUCUUCAUUACAUCACUGAAUUUGAGGAGAAAGUGAAAAACAAACACUCUGGAAAACAGGUUAAGCAACGCCAAAGGAGACGCUCAAGGAAGAUGGAAGUAGUAGAGGCAGACCCUAAUGUGCAGGAGGAAAUGGAUCAAAUCGACUCUUCUGAAGGGCCUUCUGUACAAGAUUUUUCUGAAGUCAUGGAUCAUGCAGAUGAAGAGAGUGAAGAUUCGAUUGAUGCAAGGUCGAGGAGAAUCCUCAUUGAUCUUCCCAGUAGGCAGGAUGGAUUGAGAACAUUACUUGCAAUUCCUGAAGUCUUCAUCAAAAAUAUUCCAGUAAGCUAAGUUCUACUGUUUUCAAGUAUUUUCUGUGAUUGUAAAUUUGGAAAAAAUAUGUGCAGUCUUCCAUAGAUGAUGUUUACGGAAAUCUCUCUUUAAAUCAUUUGCUGCUGCAUUGUUGCAACUUAGACUGACACUUUUAGAAGUGAAUGUGCUUUGUAGUUAAAAGUGGAUUUGAUCCAAUUUGAAACAAAAUGGGUACUGAAGAAGAGGAAGAGGAAGAAUAUUUGGUUCAUGUUGAGUUUGAUUCAAUAUUAGAUAGUGAAACUUUUAAAAAGCAGAAUCUAUUUUUUAAGGUAAUUGGAAUUGAUUCUGAAAAACCUGUUAUGCAAAUUGGUGACCAGGUAUUCACAGGACAGUAUCGAGAUAUUCCUGGUACCUCUCUCUUUUUUGAAGAAGAUGAUGCGAAAGUUGCUGAUGAUGCUGUGUUUGCCAAAACUGCUGAUACAACUCUACGAUAUGAGUACAAAACAAGAAAAUCUCUUGUCAUGCGUCGUGUUUUUAUAAAGAAGAAGGGCCUUUCUUCUGCUAAUAGUAGUGCUGCUCAUGACUUAACAAUGAAGGAUGCAGAAGAAAUGGAUGUAUCUGAUAACAUGGCUUUUAGUGGACAUGCCAUGGGAUCUGAGAGUCUUCUAGGUUCUGAACUGGGAAUGGAGAUAAGCGGUGUGAAGUUGGAAACUCCAAUGAACUUUUCUCAAAGAGACGUACAAAGUGUACCACAGAAGCCGGCAGUGGAAAAGAGCAAUGCAAGUGCAAAGUCUGUAACAGAAAAUCCUACCAAAAAUACAAAGUGUAGUAUAGAACCCGUAGCUGGUCCCUCGUGGGCCCCCGAUAUUUCACCUGUUGACUGUGAUGAGAUGUUUGAAGAAUUGCCCACUUCAACUGUAAAUGCAGAUGAAAUGUCGAGAUUAAUUGUUGAACAAAUGACUCUAGAAAGUGACAUAAAAAUGCAGAAUUCUACAUCUUCCACUCAAAAUAUAGAUUAGUUAGGAAGAGAAUUGCAUGUGAUUUUGUGGGAAAUGUAUUUCAGAACAUAAGGAAUGUGAUAGGGAAUUUUCUACAGGUGGACUACAAUAUGGAUUUUAGAAUUGUCUCAAAACUUUCUCUCUUUCUUUAUUACUGUCACCGUAACACUUGAUCUUGUAAACAGUUGGUCAUUAUCAUCUGGACUUAUUGGAAAAGCCUGAAGUUAAAUGUAGUUAUUUGGUAAAUCAAUAUGUCUCCCUUACGAAGCUUGCAAAAGUGAAUCUAUGCUCUUGUAAAUUUCAUAUUUAUUAUUACAGUGCAACAUUUUGAACUAUUUCAAAAACAUGAAAGUUUUAAUUUUCUCUUUUUUUUGACAUGCAUCAUAACUGUUAACUCAAAUCUGAGUAAAUAAAUAGUAUCUCAUUCCAGAUUUUACUACAAGGUUAUUAAAAAAUAUGCUUGUCAAAAUUGUUCCAUUCUUAAUAUAUUCCUCUCGUCUGUGUGUGUGUGCAGUGUGUAACAAAUUGGAUUGUGUGUGUUAUUGAUUAUGGAACAUGAACACAUUUCAAAAUGUCUUCAAAAACUCUUUUGUUUCUUACUUUUUGUAAAUAUGUAAACAAAUAAGAAUGUCAACACAAUUUUCACAAUGUAUUUUUCACCCUAUUUACAAUAAAAAUUAUGUAAAAUAGCCACCUUAUAUUCUGGUGAAACAGUUUCUGAGGUUUCAGUCAUAAGAAAUCUUCUCGAGGCUAUUGUAAAAGGUUAUCUGCUAUAAAAUUAUUUCUGAUUUGAAAUUUUUAAUUGUCUUGUUUUGUGUACAUCCAUAAUGUUUCAGCAGCUAAUUUAUCUUGCGGUUUAUGGGUUUGGUAAAACAUUUAACAACAUUUGUUAUUGAUUCAAAUAUUUAAAACAAUAAUCUUGUUUGAAAAUACGUUUUGAAUUAUAAGUGCAAGAAAUGGUUCCAUAAAGUGAUACAUUAGGAAUAUUUUAAAUAAUGUGGUCAACAGGGCCCCCUUUCUUUUUAUUUAUAUUAUCUAUAUUUGUUUACUUCUUUUCCUUAAAAUCCUUUUUUUAUGUAUACAUUAAAAAUCAGAUGUUUUCAUUCCUUUAUAAAUCCUCAAACUUUUGUGAGAGAUAUUUUCAAAUCUUUGCCCUUUUCUUUGUUUUCUUAACGAUAAAACUAAUGAAUUACAAUUUUAAAACUUGGAAAUGUAUUGAAGUACUUCAAAUUUACAAAUCUAGAAUGAAUUGUGUAUUUACUUGAUAAGAGAAAUAAUCCAGUUUCCUUUGCUUUGUUGGCUUCAUUCUUUAAAACAAAUGUACUUCAGAAUAAAACUAUUCUUAAUUUGUAAAUAUUGCAAACAAAUUUUCAAUUAUGUCUAUAAUCUUCAACUAUUGUGGUGUUUAUAUAGUUCAGGUCCACUCAGAUUGUGUUUACAGAUCUGCUGGAGCAUUAAAUAAAUUCCUAUAUGGUGUUCAUUUGAAAAUUGUAUGAUAUUACAUCUUUGUAAUGGUUAUUGAUGUAGAGGAGUAUUCUUUUGUAAAUCCCUAUUGCAUUUUGGGAAUCAGUUAAGAGAGAAAAUAAUCUGUUUUGUUUUAUGUAUAUGUUAUGUUGUUUUAUGAAAAAAAAUUAAUGAAGGUGAUCUUAAUUGGUUAUAAUAUUUACAUGUUGAGUUUUCUGUGUUAUAAUUAAGAGUCAUUCGUUUAUACAAUACAAAGUAAUUUCUUGUGUGGAUGCGUCACAGAAUUUAUUAUUAUUUCAAUGUAUAAAAAGAUCUAUAAUUUUGAAAAUAAAGUCCAUGAUUUAAUAA